AGGACAGCUGUUCGACAUCACCCCUCCGUUCUCCCGUGUGUGCUGCCAUAAAAGAACCGCACGGCCGCUGGGGCUCUAGACUUGUGCGUUCGGUUCCUCCCCUCUUAGCAACAACAGCACCAGCAGCCGGCGGCGCCGCCGCCGCCGCCAUGGCGCUGAACCCGGUUAUUGGGAAGCUGGUCAGCAAGCGAGUGGUGCUGGCCAGCGCCUCUCCGCGCAGGCAGGAGAUUCUCGCUAACGCGGGUCUUCGAUUUGAAGUUGUUCCUUCCUGGUUCAAAGAAACACUUGAGAAGUCAUCUUUUGCAGCUCCUUAUGAAUAUGCUGUAGAAACUGCAAAACAAAAAGCACUGGAAGUGGCUAACAGGAUGCACCUAAAACAUCUUAGAACACCAGAUGUAGUUAUAGGAGCAGACACUAUAGUCACUAUAGAAGAACAGAUCUUGGAGAAACCAGUGGAUAAGCAAGAUGCUUAUAAGAUGCUUUCAAGGCUGAGCGGGAAGGAACACAGUGUCUUCACAGGUGUUGCCAUUGUUCAUUGCAGCAGUAAAGGUUUUGCUUUUCUAGAUAAUCGACUAGAGACUGAAGUAACAGAUUUUUAUGAAGAGACAAAAGUUAAGUUUGCUGAACUCUCUGAGGAACUCUUGUGGGACUAUAUCCACAGCGGAGAGCCAAUGGACAAAGCUGGUGGAUAUGGGAUCCAGGCUCUUGGGGGAAUGUUAGUCGAAUAUGUUCAUGGAGAUUUCUUGAAUGUGGUAGGAUUUCCUCUGAAUCGUUUCUGCAAAAAGUUAGCAGAAUUAUAUUAUCCACCCCCAAAACACACCAUCCACCAUAUAAAGCAUGACUCUAUCCCUUCAGUAGAGACCUUUGAGAUCUCAAGCGAUGGGGAAUGUAACUCUUCAGAUAAUACAUCAUGCAAAAGUGCUAAGAAACAAAACAGCAGUGAGAUUAUCUGCACCUCAGGAAAAUGCAGAAAUGGCAACGGUAAUUAUAAUGUGUCUAUGGACAGUCAGAAUGGUGUAAAGGAAAAUACAACACAAUUUCCAACUAAACUUCUGCAACUACUGGAUGGUUUCAAGGCAUCGAAGGCUUUGUUUGUGUCCAGUAAGCUGAAAAUAUUUGAUCUUCUAAAAGAGAAGGGUGCCAUGAGCUCUGUGGAUGUUGCAAAUCAAGUUAAAGCCUCUGUGUGUGGCACAGAAAGACUACUGGAUGCCUGUACUGCACUUGGCCUACUGGAAAAAAACCAUCAAGGUUACAGCAAUGCAGAAUUGGCAAACUUAUAUCUGGUGUCAGAUAGUGAAUCUUCACUUUACAACUUUGUUCUCUAUUGUAAUGAUCGCUUGUGGCCUCUGUAUACACAUUUGGAAUUGGCAGUCAAAGAGGGGACUUCACAGAACCAUUGCACAUUAGGGAAGAAAGAAGAGGAUUUGUUUCAGGAUUUCUGCUAUCAAAGUACAGAGAUGAAGCAGCGUUUUAUGAGUGCUAUGCACAGCAUUGCCAAGGUGACAGCAAGAGAUGUUGCCUCAGCUUUUGAUCUUUCCCAGUUCAGAGUUGUAUGUGACUUAGGAGGCUGCACUGGAGCUCUAGCCUAUGAACUCGUUGAAAUCUACCCAGAGAUGAAAGUUACUGUAUUUGACCUUCCAGAUGUCGUUACAAAUGUCUCCAGCUUUCAGCCUUCAGGACAAAAUACAACUCAAGUAUUCUUCUCAUCAGGUGACUUCUUCAAAGAUAAUCUUCCAGAAGCAGAUCUUUACAUUCUUUCACGAGUUCUGCAUGACUGGUCUGAAGAAAAGAUUCAUACCCUUUUAAGCAAGCUAUCUGUUUGCAAGCCAGGGAGUGCGUUGCUAGUAGCAGAAACUGUGCUGGAUGAGAAGCGAACAUGUCCUGCUCGAGCGGUUCUACAGUCUCUCACCAUGACUGAAGGCAAGCAAAGGAGUGGUUUGGAAUACCAGCAGUUAUUGGAAAAAUAUGGAUUCACCAAUGUACAGAUUAAGAUAACAGGAAAUCUACUGGAUGUAAUUCUGUGCAUUAAGAAAAUGUCUACCCAUUAAAAUGAAUGAUAUUUGAAGCAAGCCAAUCCAUCAGCUAGAAUUAAUAUAAAUUUUUCUAUUUGUGACCUUCCAUGAAAGACUUUUGUGUAACAGGAUAAGCUGUGUGUAAAACCUUGUUCUGCUUCUGUUGAUUAAAAUAGCACUAAGAAAAUUA